AUGUACCCCAACUCUCUCAUGUACUGUACCUGCUGGGACCCAUGGAACUUGGAGCCACGGAAACGAGUCAAGACCCCUCAACCACCGAAUAAGAGCCCCACAGGGAAGCCCAGGUUAACGCCUCUUCCUCAGGCUACCAAAAAACGAAAUUAUAUCCAACCAAUAACAAAACCUGUUGCCACCCCAAAAGGGAAAAUCUCUUCAGGACAAAAGGAGAGUGAUAAAUUACCUCAAGAGGAGAUCCGCGUGCCCUCCUGCUUCAGCCUCCUUCAGAACAAGGAACGGAUUUUGUCGGUCACCUUGGGGGAGAAGAUGUUUGCUAGGAAAAAGCGGUUGGAAUUAGACGUCAUGAACAAAAUGAAGAUGUCCAGGACUGACAUAAUCGCUGACCUAGAGGAGCAGAUCUCAGAGUUGAUGCUGAUAAUAGAGCAGAUGAACAGAGACCACCAGUCCGCCCAAAAAUUGCUCGCCAAUGAGAUGGAUCUCCGCUCUGCUGAGAUGCAGCAGAACUUUGAAAACAAGAACAGGGAGCUCAAAGAGGCUCACGCAGCAGAGCUCAGUGAGUUGGAAGAGAACUACAAAGCAGCCUUGAAGAAGGAGAAGUUGGCUGCCCAAGAAAAACUAGAGGAGAUGGAAAAGAACUAUAAGUAUUUGAAGAACAUGUUUCAUAUGUAUCAGGACAGCAUUUAUGAUGAAAUGGAAGAUAAAUGGUCAAAGAAGAAAGCAGAAUGGGAGAAGGAUGAGAAGCUGGAGCGUGAAAAGAUCUUGCUACAGCUAAAGCACAGAAUGUCAAAAAAGUUUGAGUUACAAUCACAAAAAGAAAAGAAGAAAAUAAAUGACUCCUACAUUUUGAUGUUUGAGAGCUUCAAUCGAGAGAAGGAGAUCCUACUCAAACGACAUGAAGAUGAUGUCUUGCAACUAGAAGAGCUGAAAAAGACCAAAAUGAUCAUGGAGGAAGAGUUGCACACACAAUCUGUUAUCCUAGAAUCGCUGAAUGCCACACUGUACCACACCCAGAUGGAACUCCAGAAAGAGAAAACUAUGGUGGGCAAUCUGGAGAAAACUUUCCAGGCCAAGCUUGCUGAAAAUGAAGAAAAGUUUAGAUGCACCAUCCAUCUCCUAACAGAAGAAAACAUUUGUCUAAGAAAAAAGAUAAAUGUCAAGAAUGAAGAAAGUUACGAAGAACAAUGUGGUAAAUCAACCUCUGUUAUUAUGAAUGAGACUAACGGAGACUCUCUAAAUGAUGACAGCAACAAAAGACAAGACCUGUGA